AACAAAAGACUUGUGAUGACCUGGGUGACUGAGAACCUUCCUCAACAAAACAAAAGGGGUUGUUGUCAUUGUUAAAGCAAAGUUAUGUAAAGUAAAUGCUUCAGAAUCAUUUUGACGGUACAGUGUAAUAGGGUGAAUGGUGUCCGCAUGUAACUUCAGCGAGCGCGUAGGAUCACAGCCUUACAUACAUGUUAACUUCAAGAAACACAUUUUCAACAUAUAACGUUGUGAUGACAUAAAGAGUUUUGUCUGACGAAUGGUUACAGACCAGGGAUUUCUAUUUACGACACUGGUGUUGCAGUCAGGAAACUGUGGGGGGCGCCAAAUUGCACGAAAUGCCAAUUUCUACAUAAUGUUGCUUUCAACAACCACCACUGCUGAUGAACAUAUCUAUCUAUGUGACUGAGGGGGAAAUGUUACGGGACGAGGUAAUGUAUUAAAGCCUCUGUCGUACACGGAAGUUAUAUUGCUGGGUGACGAAAUGAAGCGCACCGUUACCUUGAAUGAAAAAAAAAAAAAAAAAAGAUUCCUCUGGAUUCAAGCAUCGUUGGAAACAUUUGGGAUCACGUAAGUACACCGCUCGACAAAACAUUUAUUUUCAGACAGUUUUAGGCAGAUACGUUACACAUUGUAUCUUUAACAGUGGCUGAGGAAGUCUUCAUUCUGUUGAUCUUCAGCGGUGUUACGUGUCAUCUUGCUGCAGUUGUGACAGAGCGUAGUUCUCCCCACCUCUGACCACACCACCACACCUUCUUUCUUCCACACCAUCAGUGAUGCUAAGCCAGAAGUGACACACACCUGACACUUUUAAAAUGCCUUUUAACCCGCUGCCAGAUUAAUCUUUGAAUAUACACCGAGAAGUUUUAGGUCGAUGUGGCAAGUUCUUUCUUCGCUUCUUGAUUCAUUUGCAUCACCCGCAUUAGAACAGCAUCCAGAUUACUGUGAAAUACUUAAAUAUGAGGUGUUGUUUAUCGUUUGACACCUAAAUGAAAUCUACCAAAUGCACAUAACCAGAGUGAACUUACUGACUGUUGUUAUCAUCACUGAGAGAUGUAGUAUAGUGUGUAGCCUUCAUAAAAUAACAAUUGCCAUGUGUAUUCAUCCAAGUUUGUAUUUUGACCUUUAUCAGACCUUUAUUUGACCUCUAUCUAUCUAUCUAUCUAUCUAUCUAUCUAUCUAUCUAUCUAUCUAUCUAUCUAUCUAUCCCUCUCUGAAUGUGGACCGCAUCUGUCCUCCCUCCAUCUUCUCCAUCCUCUAUCGGGCCAGCCCUCCUCCGUCCCGCCCUCAGCACCGGCUCCGCUCCGGCAUCGUCCAUCUCGGCACCGGGACACACACACACACACACACACACACACACACACACACACACGGGAAGCGGCGCAGGCGACACAACUGGAGGAAUUAAAGCAGGACUGAAGGGACCGAAGCUGCGUCUGUUCCCUCACAUCGUGUUGUACAAAGCCACCAACACGCGUCCGUCCUUCAUCAUUCAGCCCGGACACCUCGGCGGUGACGCUCCGGAGGUCCCGCUCGGCUGCUGAAGUGAGGAGCGGGCAGGAAAAUGAGCUGAUCCUCGCUGUGGACACAUCCAGUCGGUGCUGCUGAGGAUCCGGAGAGAGCAUGAAGUUUGCGGUUGCGGUUUUGUGGUUCUCCCUGGCUGUCGGGAAGGCUACUACGCAAGCUCAAGAAGACUUUGUGUCGCUGGCUGAGAUGGAGGAUUCUCUGUUGAGGAACCUGUUCAAGGGUUACCAGAAGUGGGUGCGGCCCGUCCAGCACGCCAACGACACCAUCACUGUGCGCUUUGGGCUCAAGAUCUCGCAGCUGGUUGACGUGGAUGAAAAGAACCAGCUGAUGACUACAAACGUCUGGCUCUGGCAGGAGUGGGUUGAUGUGAAGCUGAAGUGGAACCCAGAUGACUAUGGAGGCAUUACCUCCAUCAGAGUGCCUUCGGAGACGAUAUGGCUGCCUGACAUCGUCCUGUAUGAGAAUGCGGACGGCCGUUUUGAGGGUUCCCUGAUGACAAAAGCCAUUGUGCGCUGGGAUGGCACCAUAACAUGGACUCCGCCCGCCAGCUACAAGUCCUCCUGCACCAUGGACGUCACCUUCUUCCCCUUCGACCGACAGAACUGCUCCAUGAAGUUCGGCUCCUGGACCUACGAUGGAAACAUGGUCGACCUGGUCCUGGUGGAUCACUACGUGGACCGUAAGGACUUCUUUGAUAAUGGAGAGUGGGAGAUCCUCAAUGCCACAGGAGUGAAGGGCAGCAGGAGGGACGGGGUGUACUGGUACCCGUUUGUCACCUACUCCUUCAUCCUCAAGAGACUCCCCUUGUUCUACACCCUGUUCCUCAUCAUCCCAUGCCUCGGCCUCUCCUUUCUGACCGUGCUGGUGUUUUAUUUGCCAUCCGAUGAAGGAGAGAAGCUGUCACUUUCCACAUCAGUGCUGGUGUCGCUCACUGUGUUCCUCCUGGUCAUAGAAGAAAUCAUCCCUUCGUCCUCAAAGGUGAUCCCGCUGAUCGGAGAAUACCUGCUCUUCAUCAUGAUCUUUGUCACUUUCUCCAUCAUUGUUACCGUCUUUGUCAUUAAUGUCCACCACCGUUCCUCUGCUACUUACCACCCCAUGGCCCCCUGGGUAAAGAGCCUCUUCCUUCAGAGACUGCCCAGACUGCUGUGUAUGAGGGGACACACUGACAGAUACCACUUUCCAGAUAUGGAGAUGCGCAGCCCAGAGCUGAAGACCCGUAAAGGUGUGGGGAGGAGGGGGGUUCCCGGCUACAGUGGCCAGCAGAGAGGCCCCCUCGCAGGGAAGGAGGACGAGAGCCAAGCCUGGCUGGCCAUGCUGGAGAAAGCCACAAACUCAGUCCGCUACAUCAGCCGUCACAUCAAAAAGGAGCACUUCAUACGAGAGGUUGUUCAAGACUGGAAGUUCGUGGCUCAGGUGCUGGACAGGAUUUUCCUGUGGGCCUUCCUCACGGUGUCAAUACUGGGAACUGUCUUAAUCUUCACCCCGGCUCUGCAGAUGUACCUCAGCACACCUUGACGAACACACACAUAUACUCUCCAACGGCACAGUCUUGUUUUCUAGUAUGUCUUCAACUAUGAUUUAUUGAUAACACUGUAUAUUUCUACUGCAGAAUCAAACUUUUACCUCCCUACAGUUUGGUCUACACCUGCAGCCUGUAAUGACUACUGGAAACUGUAAUGUUUGAGAUGCAACCUGUCAUUCAUGUGCAUGCACAGCAGUGCAGAGGAGUGCGAGCAAUAAGCAGGUUAUAGUAGCGUGUAUGAUUUGAAUAUCCAUGUUUGUGUAACUUUAACUUUGUAAUUAUACAUGCACACAACAGGCACAAUGAAUAAUGAGUUCUGUGUGUCACAUGCACCAUGUUUUGUCAAGCCAUCUGUUCUCUACUGUCAGUGCUGUAAUUAUGACGAUAAAUAAA